GGUAGGCAUGUUUAUCAAUCUGUGAUAAAGAGGAAUCGCUUCUAGUCUAGAGUCAGUUGCUUUUUCACUUUCUUAAUUGCUAUUGCACAUUCUAGAUCACUGUGCUUCGUGAUUCUUUUUGUGGAAAGCGAUCUUUCUGCUCUUGUCUGUUUUGUAGCUCUUUUCAGGAGAGCGACUGGAAUGAAGGAGAAGAUGGCGCCGGACCUCCAGUUUUUGAACCAGAACGCUCCUGAAGCAGCCUGCCUCGUGUCUGAAAGUACCUGUCCACUUUGUGGUGAUCCGAUUCUGGACGCAGCAUUUGAAACAACAUGCUGCGGAAAAUUAGUAUGCGAGAGUUGCAGCAAACAGUGCGCAUUUCGUGACGCGUGCUUCCACUGUAACCUUCCGAUUGGCAGGGAUGCUUUCGGAUUUCAGAAAAGUCAUUUCGCAACACGAUCGCUGCACGCCGAACGGGUUCAGUGUAAGUGGUGCUGCAAAGUGACGACACUUGGAGGGAUGCGCGAACUGGGACACCUUCCGGGGGAACACGAUGAUCAAAGCUGGCACUAUUGCGCAAGUGUCGACCCUUGCCGCGUCGUUCCACGUCGUUGUCCGCACGCUGGGUGUGAUUUCCGUGGCCCGUUGCGCAAAUUGCAGGAACACCUGGCCCACGCUUGUCCGAAGGGUUACCGCAAACUUGACCAAGAAGCCCUCAAUAUUUGCGGCGGUCUGCCAGGUCUCGCGAUGCACAUUGAGACCAUCCACAGCUGGAUCGCGCAUUGCCAUCCGCCUCCGCCGCCGGAGUGCUUGGCCUUGGGACUCAGCCGCAUGGACACACAAAUUACCGCCAAUGUGUACGGGUCACUGACCUCAGCCAUGGAAGAAAAGCCCUACUUUGUGGAACUGGAAGAGGCAACUACGUCGGACAAGUACAGCGGGGGGAAACCGACGAAAACGCUUUUUGCUCCCUCGAAGUCCGCCUGCCGGGCGCAGAAACAAAGGCUUCGGGAUCUACUCGUCCCGGACCUGAAGGCUUCCAGACGUCGCUAUCGCUUCCCAGAGGAUCUCCGUGCGGGGUACCAGGAGGUCCUUAGCCUUUUCGUCGUAGAUCAGCACAAUCUCGUGCAUCCCUGUAAACGUCCACCCGCGGAGUCGCUUGCAGUGCAAAAGCGAACACUGACUAUGGUAAUGGACGGAGUUUCCUCCAGUGUCAUCUUUCAGAGAGCUACCGAAGCCUGGCGCGCUCACUACGCGUCUCCUAGUCCAGCAAGCCAGCGAGAGACCAGGCUGGAGCGCGACAUUGCUGCGCGUGAAUCGGCUUCUGUCUCUCCGAGUGCGAACAACAGGCUCGAGGCGAGAAUAAGCAGAUCAACCCCGUCGACCGGGAGUGCGACGAGAAGACACGCUUCUCGCAGCAGAAGCCGGAGCCGCCGACGCGGUACCAGCACAACAGACCACGGCUCACGUGAGAGCAAUACUACUCUUAACAGCGAUGACUGUGACACGGGAAACACGGGUGAAAAAGAAGAAUCGCCAACGGGUGAAGAUACAGAUAUUCUUUCGUAAGUAGACUAGAAAGAAGUACUAAAAUACUCGACAAGGAUGAAGUAAAAUUUCGUGGCUAACCAAAAGUGACUGAAACUUUUGCCCCAUAGAAAAAGCGUUUACUGCAUACAACCAAGUGCAUGCAAGAAAAGAUGAUGGUUACACGACAGAAGUGCUCUGCGCACCAACUGAUAUCCGUACGGACAAUGCGAGCAAAUAACUUGCAAAAAAUUGCGAGCAACCUCCGACAAGAUAUUGGCCAUCAAAGUGACGUAGUGAAACAGUGACAGACAAGCACCGGAAACUCAAAAAAGAGCCGAACCAAGACCCUUUUACCUUUGUUUCA